CCGAGAGGUUGUGAUUGUAUAUGAAAAUGUCUUUGAUGGCCGAAAAAAAAAAAUCAGGCAACUCUGUCCCAGCAGCCUACAGUUACAUUCAGAUUUGAUCAAUUAACAAGUUUGCUGUCGGGAGGAGCCGCGGGGUGCUGAACAGUUAGAAAAAUGGACAUUCUAGGCCUGGUGGAGAUAAACAAAUGGAUUUUAACCGCCAUACUUCUCUGUGUGACCGUGCUUUUAUAUUCGCGAUGGAAGCACAGUGUAUUCCGGAAGUAUGGAAUCCCCGGUCCCCCGCCCACACCGUUCUUUGGGGUCUCCCUGAGAUAUAAUAGAGAGGGACUGGCUCUGACAGACCAAGACCUUGCAAAGACGUAUGGAGACGUGGUUGGUGUUUACAUGGGACACUCACCGUUGCUGUUGGUUUCGAACCCUGAAACCAUCAAGGAAAUCAUGGUCAAAGAUUUCUCUAGGACCCCAAAUCGACCCAAAACAUUUGUUCCCAGGAAUGAAAUGGCGCACACUCUUAUAAAUACAGACGGAGAUCAUUGGCGUUUCCUUAGAAACACGCUGCUACCAACAUUUUCUUCCGGCAAGAUGAGGAUGAUGGAACCCUUGUUUAAAGCAAAAUAUGAACAACUUUUGGCCAAUCUGAAAGAAAGAUCCAAGACUGGGGAGCCAGUAGAAUUCAAAGAGGUUUUCGGUGCCUACACCUUGGACGUCAUUGCCUCCACUGGCUUUGGUGUGGACAUCGACUCCCAGAAAAAUCCGGACAGCGAGUUCGUGAAAAAUGCCCAGAAAUUCUUCAACAUUACCUUCAACCCACUUUUAUUAUUGAUAUUGAUGUUUCCCAAAAUAGACGGACUAUUAAACUUUCUGGACAUCUCUCCUUUGAAUCGCAGGAGCAUAAUGGCAUUCUUCCGAAGCGUGGCCAGUCAGGCGGUCACUAUCCGAAAAGAGGAUAGUUCGUCAAGAAAAGACCUGCUGCAAUUAAUGUUGAAUGCUCACCAUGAUACUGACCUUAAUGAAGACCAGAAAGCUCAGAAAUACGAGGAAGGCACCGACAAGUGGAAACAGAGGGGUUUAACAAUGGACGAGGUCCUUGGUCACGCCAUUCUGUUUAUGUUGGUUGGAUACGAUACAACGUCAAAUGCUUUGACGUUCACAGCGUAUAACCUGGCUACAAAUCCUGAAUGUCAGGAGAAACUGAUCGACGAAAUUGACACUGUUCUUGGCAAGGAAUGCCCCAAUUAUGACAACGUCCAGAAACUGGAUUACCUGGAGAGAGUGUUCUGUGAAUCUCUGAGGCUCUAUCCAUCGGCCGCCAGAACCAACCGCCUUGCAGAGAACGAUAUUGUUAUCGAAGGAUACACUAUUCCAAAAGGGACAGACAUUUCUUUCCCAAUCUACAGUAUCCACAGGGAUCCACGCUUCUGGGAAAAUCCGACCAAGUUUGACCCUGAGAGGUUCACACCAGAAAACAAGGCCAAACGACACCCGUACGCAUUUUUGCCCUUCGGACACGGUCCCCGCAAUUGUAUAGGCAUGCGCCUGGCUCAAGUUGAGAUGAAGUUCGCCAUGGUUUACAUCCUUCAACAUUUUCGAUUUAAGACUUGCUCAGAAACAGAGAUUCCACUGAAAAUAUCUAAAGCCGGGCUGUUGAAGCCAGAGAAUGGAGUUAAGCUGCUGUUAGAACCACGCACCUGAAAGGCGAAUUAAGACUUCGUCUAAAAGCAGAAAAACGCAAGAGUCGUGUUGUUUAUGAAUACUUUAGCAAAUGCGAAGCAUUAAGAAACACUAUAAAAAGACCAAUUAGAAUAGACAUUUAUAUAUUGGCACGGCAAUAUUCGUAGCUAACAUAGUACAGAUACCUCUAUAUUUUGUACGAUUAGCAGGUAGCAUGUAAUAUUGACAGUUAUUUUUAUACAUUUAUUAACAAUAGAAAUAAAUAUGACAUUUCCAUCUA